CAUUUCUCCUAAAAUGAAGUCGUUUAGCGUAAUUUUUUGUUUGCUUUUUGUCUUAACACAGAUAGCGGCACAAACCCAGCGGGAAUGUCCUGAUAUCUGUCCUGCAAUUUACAGUCCUGUGUGUGUAGAAGCCUUGAUAAAUGGAAAAUGGGUUCGAUGUUUAUUCAGCAAUAGCUGCCAACUAGGUGUCAGCACUUGUCGUCAUGGAAUAAAUUGGUGCAAACAAAAUGAAGAAAAAUGUAAAAGAAGUUCGCCCACCUGCAGUCAAUACCGCUAAACUAAAUAUAAAUUUCGAAAGUA